GACUAUUUUAGAAUUUUUUUUCUUCAAAAUUCCAACUUCUUUUUCGGCUGGCGUGGCAAGAUGAUGGAGCAUGGGGACGUGGUUACGCCGUAGAGGAAAUCUGAAAACUUAUCGAUAAAGACCGGAACAACACCGACCAAUGAUGAUCGACGGCGGAUUACCCAAAGCGUCGCCGCAAGUUUAGAGAGUCAUUUCUUCUGUCAAAUCGGGACUGAUCUCACCGUCCCAUACGCCAUCGAUCUACCCCAAUUUAACACUCUUUCAAUCUGGGGAUUUGCAGUCAUUUCUGCAAUCAAAACCCUAAUUCCCCUGCAAAUACACACUGUGUGUACUGGGAGUAGCCAUGGGGGAUGUGGCUGAUAAACUGGCGCAUUUCAAAGCGAUCACUGGGGUUGAAGACUCCGAGCUGUGUACGGAGAUCCUCGCCGCCCAUGGAUGGGAUCUCGAACUCGCGGUGUCCGCGUUUUUAUCCGACAACCAUCCCUCCGGAGCCCAGGCGACGACCUCUGAAGUGCUAACCUCGACCAGCACGGAUGCCCCCCAAGACCUCCAGGAGACUGGAAGGGCUGCAGCCGCAGGCAGUGGUGGACCCCCUGGACUGGCUUGGAAACUCGUUACGCUUCCAUUUUCUAUCAUUUCUGGUGGUCUCGGGUUGGUUUCUGGUGCAAUUGGGUUAGGGAUGUGGGCCGCCAGUGGUGUCCUUUCCUAUUCUUUGGGUAUUAUAGGUUUCAAUUCAGGACGCAAUGGCCAAUCUUCUACCCAGCUGUUGUCUGUUUCGCCUUCGGCUUCGGAAGCAAUGGCUUUCAUAGAUGCUUUCGAGGCCGGGUUUGGAAGCACAAGGCCAAACUUCAUCGCAGAUGGUUUUAUGGAAGCUUUGCAGAGGUCCAGGCAUGCUUAUAAGCUCUUGUUUGUCUACUUGCAUUCUCCUGACCAUCCGGACACUCCUGUUUUCUGUGAGAGGACACUAUGUAACCAGGCCGUGGUUGAUUUUGUGAAUGAGAAUUUUGUGUCUUGGGGUGGUAGCAUAAGAGCAAGUGAAGGAUUCAAAAUGUGCAACAGUUUGAAGGCAUCAAGGUUCCCAUUCUGCGCUGUGGUGAUGGCUGCAACAAACCAGAGGAUAGCUUUGCUUCAGCAGGUCGAGGGGCCAAGAUCUGCUGAAGAGUUACUCUCAGUACUACAAAGAGUGGUAGAAGAAAGUGGUCCUGUACUUGUUUCUGCUAGGCUAGAAGCAGAAGAAAGAAGAAACAAUAUACGCCUUAGGGAGGAGCAGGAUGCUGCCUAUCGCGCUGCACUCGAAGCUGAUCAGGCUAGGGAGCGUCAGAGGAAGGAAGAGGAGGAGCGGUUAGCAAGAGAAGCUGCUGAAACUGAGAGAAAAAGGAAAGAGGAAGAAGAAGCUCGUGAAAGAGAAGCACGUGAAGCUGCUGAGAGAGAAGCUGCCUUAGCUAAACUGCGAGAGGAGAAAGCUCUCUCCCUUGGCCCUGAACCUGACAAGGGUCCCGAUGUUACCCAAGUUGUGGUGCGUUUUCCCAGCGGAGAGCGAGAGGGAAGGAGGUUCUACUGCACCAAAACAAUUCAAACUCUAUACGACUAUGUUGAUUCUUUGGGGCGCGUAGAAGUGGAGAGCUACAGCCUUGUUUCCAACUUCCCCCGCACGGUGUAUGGGCCCGAUAAGGUAAAACUGUCCCUUAAAGAGGCAGGAUUGCACCCUCAGGCCAGCCUUUUCAUCGAGUCGAAUCCAUGAGCGGCCGCCACAUGGCAUUGGCUUCUGGAGUCUUGAUGACCAAAUUGUGAUCCCAAUUCACAGGGCGGUGGAGGAGGAGGAGGAGACGCUUGGUUGUGUUGGGUACUGUUCCGGUUUCUGCAGCGUUGCUUCUGACGUUCCUCAAUGUAUUUGCAGGUUUUAGAGAAAACUACUACUCAUUAUUGUUAGGGACUAAAAAGGGGUCAACAAAUAAAGUCACUUCGAAUAUAGGUUGGCUUUUUUUUUUUUUUUGUGAAAUGUGAGAUUUGCUUUCUUCCUUUUUAAAAAAAUGCCGAGUAGACACUUCUUUAUAUAUAUAUAAACAAGAUACGGGGUA